GAGGAAAGCCCUCCUUUGGGUAAACACUGUCGAAGAAGGUAGUGAGGCGGGUGGGGGAGGGGGGAGAGAAAGACACGCGUUGGUUCCCAAGCAGAGGAGGCAGAGGAAGGUUCCGCCUGUAGGAACCUGAGCGUGAGCCGACCCACUCUGUCAAGGAGCGCGGGGAGAGACGGGCAGGCGCGUCAGGGUUUGAGAGGAGUGAUUCGAGAGGUGCCGUCGUCAGGCUGCGGGAAAGAGACAGGAGGCGGGCUUUGCGCGCAGGACUUGAGAGAGCAGCACCUCUCCGCAGCUGGCCACGGGCUUCUGGAGCGCCGCUGGUAGCACCUGACCCAAAGAUUCCCACUAGCAACACUGAAUGAGAAUUCCACCAUUGCCUAGAGCUCACUAAUUCAGUUGGCACUAUGGAUUUCGUGAUGAAGCAGGCCCUAGGGGGGGCCACCAAGGACAUGGGUAAAAUGCUGGGAGGCGAAGAGGAGAAAGACCCCGAUGCCCAGAAGAAGGAAGAAGAGCGACAAGAAGCCCUGCGGCAGCAAGAGGAAGAGCGCAAGGCAAAGCAUGCCCGCAUGGAGGCGGAACGGGAAAAGGUCCGACAGCAAAUCCGUGAUAAGUACGGCUUGAAGAAGAAGGAGGAGAAAGAGGCGGAGGAGAAGGCAGCGCUGGAGCAGCCGUGCGAAGGGAGCCUGACGCGCCCCAAGAAAGCCAUCCCAGCAGGCUGCGGGGACGACGAAGACGAGGACGAGGAGAGCAUCCUCGACACGGUGCUCAAGUACCUGCCGGGCCCACUGCAGGACAUGUUCAAGAAGUAGCCCUGCCCCACCAGCCUCCUGCCCUGCGCUGCCCACCAUCCCUGGCACUGCCAACUCAGAGCUUGGGUUGAGGGUGGGGCAGGGGGGGAUUUUCAUUUAUUUUUUUACUUCAUUUGAUUCCUUUUUCUUUUGUUCCAAGGAAAGACCCCAAACGUGUCCUUGUGCCACGGGGCCCCUGCCGAGCCACCACACUGCCCCACCCCACCCCUUUCCCCCCAGGAAGAAGCACACCAGGCACAGGGCGUGCUCCCCCCUCGCUGCACCUCUUGCUACCCAUCAGACCAAAAACCACUCUCACCUGCUCUGCUCCCUGGAGCUGCAGGCUGGGCCACUGCCGGGAGCCUGCCUCCCCCUUUCCGAUCCCUGCCCCCUGCCCCGUGGCAGAGCUGGAGUUCUGUUGUGCCAAAGUGCCAGCUGGCUACAUGGGGAAACGACCCCCCUCUCCCCCACCCCACAAAAAAAAAAACUGGGCACAGGGUGAGGAACUUGGACCAAAUUCACUGAUGCAACCUCAUGGGGGCCCUGGGGAAGGGGCUUGGGCUCUGCCCCCCCCCAUGCACAUUCCUGACCCCCCCCCCCAUGUUGACUGCCAGGAGGGACUGGGUGCCCAUUUCCCUUCACACCUUGGGGCAAAGCCAGCCCCUGCACAUUCCAUCUCUUGACUAAGAGAGCAACCAAGAGGAGCACCCCCUGCCCUCAUCCUCGCACCCAAGGGCUGCUGGGUUGUUUCUCACAUGCUUGGGGAAAAGGAGGAGCUUGUUUCUGGAAGGAAUCGAACUCGCACUCCCCAAACACUAAUGCGGAGAGACCUUACCUGCACCAAGAAUUACGUGUGUGGGAGGCAGGGGAGAAAGCUGUCCCUGCUACGACGACUUCCAUUUCAAGCACACACAUUCAGACACACCUUCCACAGCCCCACUACAGCCGGCCAAGGGCCAAAAUUAAGCAUCAGAUCUUCCUUGCAGGAUGACCUUUGGUCUUGGGUUCCAAGACCUGUUGGCUCCUCAUGGAUGUGGCGGACAAGAGGUUGGAAGACAAGAGGUUGUCACCCUCGCUGUCUCGCCCAUCUUUUUCUGAUCCAGUUCAUCCUUUGUCAUUUGAGCUGCAGGGGGUGAACUGGGGCAGCUACAGGCUGCAGAGUAUGAGGACCAGGGCCACUCUCCUUCUGCCAUUUUGCUCUCCAAAGUGGAGGGUUUAGACUGAGUCUUGAUUUGGGGAGCAGGGGACUGAAGUGGAUCAAGGGCGCUUGCAGGCAGGGGCUUAUUGUUGUGAAUGGGUCAUUUAGAUGUUGUAAACGGGUCAGUGGCAAGAGGUUUACCCAGGGAUUUCCCCAGAAAGGGUAAAUCUGGGAUAAAUAAAGGGGAGGGAACACAGACAGGCAUUUGCCUACGUGAGGAGCACCCAUUCCAUAAUAAGCACCCACUUCGGAGCACCCAAACUCAAAGAAAGGGGAAUAGGGUCAGAUGCACCCAGCAGCACAUGGAGGAUGGAAUAUGAGCUCCUUUUUCCAGCCUGGGAAUAGCCAGCUGCAUUUGUGUUGCUGGAGAACCUGAGGGUCAUCAUUGUCACCUUCUUUGAAGGGGGAUGAUGCAGGGACCCUGGGACAGAACUGCCAGCGUGUGUGGCUCACCCCUGGCUGGAAGAGCAGUCUCGUGGAAUGAGGAGCCUCAAUUCAUCUCUUAGGCUAGGAUUGGGAGCCCAUUGCUGUGGCUAUCUUGGUCCCCCAGGAUCCUGCUACAGGCCCCUGCAGAUGCAAAAAUGGUGCACAGAGCAGCACAGACACAAAUCUUGCCUGCACUACUCUUGCUUCCAUGACCUAAACAUCUAUUUCCUUCUCAUGCUGCCCCAGUUUUCUCCUCAACUGAGAAAUGCCAAGGACCGCCACCCCCACCCCCAUAUACACACUGAUUUCUGGGCGGGGGUCGAGGUACUGUAUGGUCUGUGGGAGAAUCUUCUGCUCUCCCACCUCUGCAGCCCCCAUCCUGCCCAUGGGUGUGGCGAUCUCCAGAUCCCCCAACCCGCAAAAGAAAAACACCCAGUGACUCUCCUUUGCUGUGCUAUUGUUGCAUUCACUCCCUGCCUGCUAACCCCAUCCUUUCUCCAGAGCCACAAGAUUAAGCAAAAAGCAGUGACUAGGAGACAAGGAAGGGCGGUUUGGGAGUGGGGGGAGACAUCUCCCUGCUGUUGGUUGGCACCCUGCCAAACGCCACCAGACCUUGGCCACUGCUGAAAACAAAGGCAAGGGCCCAGCCUUCCUUGGGGAAGUCCUGUGGUUCUCAUUCUUCUGUAUAUUUGUUUGGGAAGGAAGGUCCCAAUUGUUCCCCCACCCCAAGAUUCCCCGGUGCCCCUGGGGGGCUUUUGCUUUUUGGUUGGGGUUGAGUUUGAAUCUGAAAGAAAUCUCCCUCCAUUGAGUGUCCUUCCUUCCUUCCUUCCUUCCUUCCUUCCUUCCCUCCCUCCCUAAUAGUUAAAGCCAUAUCAGUUAGACUGCAAUACUAUCAACACUAAAAACUCUGCGGGCUGCGCUCUCUCAUCUUGUACAAAGGAGCGUCCCUGGGGGGGGACCUCCCCCCCUUGCCCGCUUGUCUGUGUCUCCGGCCACCCACCAUGUGGCCCAUGCGUGUCUUUUUUGCAUUGGUGUCUCUGUAACAGGGUAAUUCACCCCAACGCCUGCCAUCUGUCUUAUUGUCUCUGCUAGUCACUCACGAGAUGGUCACUGUACGGCUCCAUGGAGCUCAGGACUUGGGGGUGGGGGGCAGAGGAGCUUCGGGCAGGGCGGAGUAGAGAGGGCCAGGGUGGGGGUGGCAAAGGGGAAGCAGCCCAUUCAGCACCUUAUUUGCUCACAAGCCGUUUUUGCCAUGGCCGACCAUUGUGUGUGCAAUCACCUCUUACCAGACACAGAGCAUGACUGUGGUGUGCAGGAACUGGCCAGCGGAAAUUCAGGAUGCUCCCUGCUGGCUGCUGGCAGGUGAGCUCUGUGGCGAGGUGGCACUGCUUUGUCCUGGGCUCUCACACGUCCGCUGGCUGCUUCUGGACCCUGCUGGCUGAAUGCUGAAAACUGCAAUAAGUCCACUUCUCACAUGGGGCAAAGGGCUGAUGCUGAAGCCAGCUUCCUGCCUUUGGGGUGGUGUUGCUGAUGCUCUCGGUUUACUUUGUUUUUUUAAUGCUACAGCCACACGUUGGUGGCCCGAUCCCACACAGUGGGCUUUGACAGCCCUGGGUCCCACUGACCGCGAGGCUUCUGCUGGCCUCUGUGGACCUAUUCUGGGCAAGACCUAAAGGUAAAAAAAGAUAAGAGUCAAGGGGUAUAAGAGAGACCUGGGACGGCAGCACCCACAGCAACAGAGAAGGAUUAAACCUGGCUUCGCCAUGUGGGAAUCUCAGUGCUGCCAUCGUGGGACUCUUCUCCAGUUACCUUUUCAAUGCGGGAACACCAGCUAUUUCCUGCUCCACCAAAGGAACAUCAGAAACCACAGGAGACAUGCUCAUGCUUCAGCUCCUUCCCAAACACCCCACAACAAGCAGAGGCAACGCUGGUUGGGAGAGGAGCCAUUGUAUGGGCUUUUCCUAUAUCAUGACCUUGCAGCACUGGAAGGCACUACACUGCAGCAGUUCCCAGGCCACCACCAAGGUAGCCUGGAGGAAACCCCUUGCCUAGUGCUUCGUCAUUACCACUUUUAGUAAAUUGAGAAGAAGCUGCUUCUAAUCUGAUGGUGUAUGUGCACUUCAGUGUGUGUAUGCACAUAAGGGGGGGGGGAGAAAAGUUGUAGCAUAUACACCAGUAUGUUUAAGCCAGCCUCCCUCCACCAUCCCAUGUAUAAGGCAAAUAAAUCUGGCCACUUCCGAGAUCCCUUAACUCCCUUUUUCUCCUACAUGUUUUAAGGCUCAGAAUCACACAUAUGAGUGUCUGUUUACAUUAGUGCAUGCCUGACUCUGUGUGUGUGUGUGUGUGUGUGUGUGUGUGUGAGAGAGAGAGAGAGAGAGAGAGAGAGAGAGAGAGAGAGAGAGAGAGAGAGAGAUGGAUGGAUGGUUGGAAGGAAUGCUCACUAUUCAUUUAUGAUGUGGUGCAUAUCUCUGUGUGCGCGUGGUUGCAUGAGAAUGUAAGCAAAGCCAGUGGUGUACAUGUGAAUGUGCCAGCACUUGUCGCGAGGGCGGAUGUGUGUGCGUUGGCACAAACCCAGGGGGCGUGCUGGAGUCUCCAGUGUGUCAGUGCCAACGUGUUCCAAGUGUGCAACCCAUUUGUUUACAGAUUGCUUCCAGAGCAGGAUAUCCCUCAGGGGCUCCGCAUGGGCACAGAAGAACUGAUCCCAGUCCCCUCCGGGACCCAGUCAAGAGCAUUGCCGGAGGGGCCCUGCAUCCUCCCCACCCCGCCGUGCAUGCAUUCCCCUUUGCUUGCCUGUCACUGCUCUGUAUUGGGAGGCGCCAGGCAGCCCUACUGCCUUGUGCACUAACCUGCCGGAAUGUGUAAACCAUCCUGUCUUGCUUGUGCCAUCUCUGCUUUCUAGGGUCAUUGUGUCUACCUGGCUAGUCCUUGUCCCAUCUGCACCUGAGAAGGACAUCGAACACAGCGAUGGGGUUAAGUGUGCUGAAGGGGUUCCCCAAUGGAAAGAUAUGGGGCAAGCCAGGCACCCUGCGGGCCCUUCAGGUUAAAGCUGCUGGGGGACGUCCGUCUCCCGCCAGAGAGAUGAACACCUUAGGCUACGGAGUGCACCACUUCUGAGCCAUUGCCCUCACACCCCACCAGCCUUUCCAUUUAACCUGGAGGAGCAAGUGGGGAGCCGGUGACACCCCUUUCCCUGCCUGGGUGGGGUGGAGGACGCAGGUAGAAGGGGACAGCGAAGAGUCAAAGAGGCUCCAUCCAGCCACCCUAUGGUGACCAUCCUGCUCUUACUAGUCUUUGAAGAAAUAAUAAAAUAAAGAAGUUUGUACAUUG